AUGGCGUGCAUCCCCCCCUAUGCUGGGAAGAACCCAAAUGCCUAUCAACAAGGGAACGGAUGGGGGCGUGCCAACAGGUCGACGGCUAUGAACUUUGGGUCCAAGACUUGCCAGCCACGGCCCCCGGACAAGGGCAGCUUCCCGCUGGAUCACUUCGGGGCCUCGGGUGAAUGCAAAAGCUUCAAGGAGAAGUUUAUGAAGUGUCUCCGUGACAACAAAUUUGAAAAUGCUUUGUGCAGAAAGGAAUCAAAGGCCUAUUUAGAAUGCAGAAUGGAGGGGAUCCCUGGGCGGCAGCUGAUGGCCCAAGAACCACUGGAAAAACUGGGAUUUGGAGAUUUGACCGAUGGAAAACCAAAGGCAGAAACCAACUCUUGAAGGAGAGAAGACCCCCUGCUCCAGGUGGUCCAGAAUGGAGCAUGUCGAGAGUUUACAGUUAGGUGCUGUGAUGGAGAGGAUUCCGGAACGCCCUCCUUGACAGACACAUCUUGACUUUUUUUUUUUUUUUAAUGUGACACAUCUUGACUUGAUGUUUCCCAGGUUAUUUUGAAAACUGACUGGCUUUUAGAUCUCAUUUCCCCCCAACAGCAUUAGGUUUUAUCUUUACAUGGUGUGUGGCAGAGUUCCUGAGGAGACCAUGGUGGGCGGGAGGUGGGAGUGCAGAGUCGCGGCUGCUUGGUGUAGGGACACGCGGUGUACAUGACACGUGUGGUACUGUGUGUAGCUUCUCAGUGCUGGUGUGCUGUGUGCUGUCGGCUCCGGCCUCUGCCACAGAUGCAGACAUUGCCAGAAAUCAAGCCUUUCCCUGGCAAACUGGUUUCCUUUUUGUGGUCUUGUGUGCUGGUUCAUUUCCAGUUUUUGAACAAAAUACAGAAUAUGAACUUGGAAAGGAAAACAAACAAACAAACAA